GCCCGAAGGCGCCUGCGCGCUGCGCGGCCGGCUGGGGUGCUGGGGGUGGGGCGGGGGCAAGUGUAGCCUCUUCGCCUCAUUGUCACCUAGCGCUGCCCGGACAUCGCGCAGGCCCCUGGCACCAUGAAAAUCUGGACUUCGGAGCACGUCUUUGACCACCCAUGGGAAACUGUUACAACAGCUGCGAUGCAGAAAUACCCAAACCCUAUGAACCCAAGUGUGGUUGGAGUUGAUGUGUUGGACAGACACAUAGAUCACUCUGGAAAGUUGCACAGCCAUAGACUUCUCAGCACAGAAUGGGGACUGCCUUCCAUUGUGAAGUCUCUUAUUGGUGCAGCAAGAACCAAAACAUACGUGCAAGAACAUUCUGUGGUGGAUCCUGUAGAGAAGACAAUGGAACUUAAAUCUACUAAUAUUUCAUUUACAAAUAUGGUUUCCGUAGAUGAGAGACUUAUAUACAAACCACAUCCUCAGGACCCAGAAAAAACUAUUUUGACUCAAGAAGCCAUAAUCACUGUGAAAGGAGUCAGCCUUAGCAGUUACCUUGAAGGACUCAUGGCAAGUACCAUAUCUUCAAAUGCUAGUAAAGGCCGAGAAGCAAUGGAAUGGGUAAUACAUAAAUUAAAUGCUGAGAUUGAAGAACUGACAGCUUCAGCAAGAGGAAGUAUAAGGACUCCGAUGGCAGCGGCAGCAUUUGUAGAAAAAUGAUAAUGAAAGUUUGUAGAUAAUGUUGGGUCCACCAGGUCUCUACAAGCUCGCAAUAUAUUUAUUUGUUAUUUAAAAAAUACAACUAUAUUUUAGGUAUAAUUUUUUUUUUUAAUAAGCUGAUGUAAGGCUAUAUGACUUUUCAUCAAAACAGAGAUGCAGGGCUUCUAAAUAAAAGGGAUCAUCUGAAAUUAGUGUUGUUUGAAAUGACUGUCUAAUUUUGAGAGUUCCAGUAUCUAUGUGAAAAUUUAACAGUUUUUUUAAGUACUUGGAAAUUGUUAUUGACAUUUAAUCUCCGAAGGUAGAAUUUUAAGGCUUUAUGCACUGGAGCUCUACCUGGCUUUGGACCAACCCCAGAACAAAGCAGAGCCACCUCUUCUGUACACACGAUCACCUGCUGCUGGAAACUUCAGCAGCUGCAUGACGGAACUCACUUUACAAGGAGAAAUUAUGGACUUUUAAAAGAGUAUUUUGUAUAAAGUAACUUGCUCUGCUACAAACCACCAUUAAAAACCACAGUGUUUUAGUUUUAUACUUAAAUAUUUUGGGUAUGAAAAUUACCUCUAAAGUAAUACAUGGCUCCAACAAAAGUAUGAUUUUAUUGUAUUAAAGGGUACUGUAUUGAUUUGCCAAAGCUUUCUGACUUAGUAAAGGUGCUGUGUUACCUUCCUUCGAAUUGUACUUCGUGAUUUAGUAUGCUGUGCCGGGGGCUGGUUAUGUUAAGUGAAAAAAUAAAGUCAUUACCUGAGUUUUGCAGCACUCUAAACUUAAACAGAACAGCUGUUCACAUCUUUUAGCAAUUCACAUUUGCCUAACUUAUAAAUUGCCAUGUGUCAAAAUCAUGGUUUUGAAAUUGCUAAGGCAUGAUAUGUCAGGUUAUUUGAAUAUAAUUACUUUUUGAAGUAAUUGUGACCACAAAACAUCUUUUUUACAUGAAGAGCUGCACGUCAUUUGAAAUUACUCAAAUGAUGUCUUGAUCUGCAGCACAAACCGCACGUACUUAAUGUUUUUAAUAAUACCAUACCACUGUGAGAGGUGGGGGUGGUGAGGAAGAACAAAGAAUAAUUGGGAUGGGGAGAGGAUUGGCCUAAACUAACCACUAAGUGAAUUGCACUGCAGCUUUUAUUUAUGGAAAUCCUUAUUUUGGAUGCCAGAGGGCAGCUGCAAACUGAAAAACAAUCCAGCAAAUGUACUUGGCUUCAUAUUUUGUAGCAGACAAUGAUCAACUACUAAAUAAUAUCUUUGAUAUAUGCACUUGUAGCACACAGUAUUUUUGUUAAAAGGUGAUUGAUUAGCUGUUGCCUUUAUUUUACAAUGCUUAAUGAGAUAAACAAGUCAGAUUUCCUAUAAAAGAGACCAGUUAAUAUGUGUACAUAAACCACAGAAAUAACAAACUAUUUUAAAAUUGUUUUUCUACUUAAAAUAUUGUUCAGCUUAGGACUUCUUAGCACAUUCAUAAAAGCAGGUUAAAUCCGAUAAAGUUUCUGAUUUUCCUUUAGUAAGCAGAGAUGGUUUUUUACAACUGAAAUAACAUUCAGCAAAACAAAACAUUUUUAAAUACUAAUAUUUGACAAAGGUUGCUUUGUAUAAUUUCUGUUAAUUAUACUUGUGCUGAAAAAGGGUAUAAGGCCAUAAUGAUAAAAGAAUUAGGAACAAAUCUUUAUCCUUGGUUUGAUGUUUUAAGCUCUGAUCUAAUGAUAAAAUCCUAUAAAUUUUUAUUUUCCAGUGCAAUUACCUCUUUUUAUAUGACUAGUAAUUCAUACUUGUUAUCUGUUAAAAUAUAAACAAACAGUAAGCAAAUGCAUUUAAGGGGACUAAACUGGAAUAAAUUCUAAAUAAAUAAAACUUGGAUUAUUGAGCACCUAACCCUAUUUAAUAUUAAAAAUGAACUUACAUGAAUUAAGGAAAAUCAUUCAUCUUAAUAAAACUUUUAACUUUG